UCUGAAUUUGUACGUCAUCAAUUUGCCUACAACGAAAACGCCUACUGCAGCGGUUUACUGGGAGGUGGUGUCCAUUUUAUUUACAACACUAAAUAUUACGUUUCUUAUAUUUUACUGGCGUUAAACCCUUUAAAGAGGGGUCUCCCGAGAUGAGCAGUUCAGAGGAAGUGUCAUGGAUCUCCUGGUUCUGUGGACUGAGGGGAAACGAGUUUUUCUGUGAGGUGGAUGAGGACUACAUCCAGGACAAGUUCAACCUGACUGGGCUCAAUGAGCAGGUUCCCCACUACCGCCAGGCCCUGGACAUGAUCCUGGACCUAGAACCAGGUCAGCCCAACUCCAGAACCAUCUCUACUGCACUCGGAAAUGAGGAGCUGGAGGACAACCCCAACCAGAGUGACCUCAUAGAGCAGGCAGCGGAGAUGCUUUACGGGCUGAUCCACGCACGAUACAUCCUCACCAACAGGGGCAUUGCUCAGAUGUUGGAGAAGUAUCAACAGGGGGACUUUGGCUACUGCCCCCGCGUCUAUUGUGAGAACCAGCCCAUGCUGCCCAUUGGUCUGUCAGAUAUCCCAGGCGAGGCUAUGGUGAAGCUGUAUUGCCCUAAGUGUAUGGACGUGUACACGCCCAAGUCCUCCCGGCACCACCACACAGACGGGGCCUACUUUGGCACUGGAUUCCCCCACAUGCUCUUCAUGGUGCACCCCGAGUACAGGCCCAAGAGGCCCGCCAACCAGUUUGUGCCUAGGCUUUAUGGAUUCAAGAUUCACCCCAUGGCCUACCAGCUCCAGCUGCAAGCAGCCUCCAGCUUCAAGAGCCCUGUCAAAGCCAUCCGCUAAUGCCCAGAGAGAAAGAGAAGGGAGAGAAGAUGAUGAUUGCGGGGACGGGUCAGCUGCACCAAGCUCCAUACAGAUGCCUCCUCCCCAUACUGCAGAUGUUAUUAUUUUGUUUAGGUUAGGACGUUUAAAUGUGAGCGAGACAAACGCACAGGUUCUAAUCCCAAACCCACACACACACACACACACUUAGAAUUACAUGCAUCUGUUACCAAACUCACCAGUGCCAAAACAGAAAAGGUGGAGGGAAAGAAAGUCCAUGGAUGUUAUUGGAUUUGACGCUACUGUUUCCUUUUGUGAUAUUACCCCAUUUUGCUCCGAUGGUGAACUCUCGCCAUGUUCUGUUUGUUUUCUGUUCUGUCUUUGGCACGGUUUGGUAAAGGGUCGUGGUAGACCGUCACCACUGGUUGAAUAGCAAUCCCUGCUCUACCCCCAUACGCAUGUACACUGGCUGGCUCUCACAGAGACUGCUUGGUCGAUGAUAAGGACAAAAUCUGUCACUAAGGGUGUUGCCGUUUCACCUGCUCCUGUAAACCAUUGUUUUACCAAGUCACACACUCAGGCUUGUGUCACUCUUUUAUUGUGUGACACUCACUGAGGCCAGUGUGUCAAAGUGGUUAUUCACAAUAGUGUUCUGUUAAAUUUGCCUUAAACAGAGACGCACGGGCGCUGUGAUUUGUGGUUUACAGGAAGUGCGAGUCUAGGACACAUUAUAGCUUUGAAUUUGUAUAUGUGCGACAUAGGAUAGACACAAAUAAACCUGAAAUGAAUUAAAUGUUCUAGAAUGACCCAGAAAAGACAUAC